GUUCGCCUGUACACUACGCAGUGAAUCGUCCCAUCUCGAAAGGAUAUCAGUUUACACAGUAAUACUAAAUAAUUCAAAAAAUGCUGAGGAACGUUAUAAUAGUGGUUUUAGUAAGUGUGAUAUUUCAAUGUAACGGUCACCUGCCUUCACUUACGGGCAUACUAGGUGGGGCACACAAACAUGUUCAUCAUACGGUGCAAGGAGUGGCGAAUACUGUUCUUGGCGGAUUUAACUUCGAAGGUCACGUGCAAGUUGGUGGUCAUUCUCGCCCCCAACCACCCAGAACAGAACAGCCAGAAACGGUAAUUGUCAUCGUUGAUGAAAGCCCCGACAAUGAUUACAGUCCUGGACCUCAAAAUCGACCAAACCAAGGACAUGGACAAUACAAUCAUAACAACGGACCAUACCGUCCUCAUGGACAUAAUAAUUUUGGGCAUGGACGACCUUGGCAAAACCAAAAUGGUAAUUACAAUAACGUAAACUCAAACAGACCCUAUCAUAACCAUUAUGGACAACAUCCCAACAGCAAUGGCAACCACAACGGCUACGGACAUAAUCAUAACGGUAAUCAAUACCAACACGUCAAUCAGAACAAUUUCAAUAGACCGGAGCAAACAACACAAGGGUAUGGCAAUCCAAAUAACGGCUACAACAACCAACCUUCGGAUCAGUCGACUCAAAACAAUGGAUACACAAGCCAGAACAACUAUGGUCAAACGCAAUCACCUCCAACGGCGGAAACGCGUCCCACGUUUGGUUCAAUUCAUGAAAAUGAUAGCCAUACAAAGAAACCUAACCAAAAUGAUAAAACAACAACGGAAUCUGAUGUGCCCCAGUUCGUGCCACUAAAUCCCAAUGAAUACGUGUACGGAGGCGAGAAAAUUAAUAUAGCAGCACCAAAAAGGGAAACGGAUAGUAAUAAACCCGCUUCAGAUAAUGAUGAUGGUGAAUACCCAAUAGACAUAAGAGGUUUCAAGACAACUAAUAAAUAGUUGGUGUCAGAAUUUUAUUUAAUAACUAGUAAGUAUGGCAUUUUAUUUACUCAUUUUGUAAUUUUUACUACUUUUUUAAAACAAAUAUAUGAAA